CUUGUGUUUUCCAGAACCAUGUGAGGGCCAACCCAGGACGGCGGCGUGGAUGAGCGCUCAGAGGAUCCGCCUCCUGGUCCUUGCCCCGCUCAGCAUGGAACAGAGGAGGCCCUGGCCACGGGCGGAGGUCGACAGCCGGUCUGUGGUCUUGCUCUCCGUGGUCUGGGUGCUGCUGGCCCCCCCGGCAGCCGGCAUGCCUCAGUUCAGCACCUUCCACUCUGAGAACCGAGACUGGACCUUCAACCACUUGACUGUCCACCGAGGGACGGGGGCAGUGUACGUCGGGGCCAUCAACCGGGUCUACAAGCUCACGGGCAACCUGACCAUCCAGGUGGCUCACAUGACGGGGCCGCGGGAGGACAACAAGUCUUGUUACCCGCCCCUCACCGUGCAGCCCUGCAGCGAGGCGCUCACCCUCACCAACAACGUCAACAAGCUGCUCAUCAUUGACUACCCCGAGAACCGCCUGCUGGCCUGCGGCAGCCUCUACCAGGGGGUCUGCAAGCUGCUGCGGCUGGACGACCUCUUUAUCCUGGCGGAGCCAUUCCACAAGAAGGAGCACUACCUGUCCAGCGUCAACAAGACGGGGACCAUGUACGGGGUGAUCGUGCGCUCCGAGGGGCAGGACGGCAAGCUCUUCAUCGGCACGGCCGUGGACGGAAAGCAGGAUUACUUCCCCACCCUGUCCAGCAGGAAGCUGCCUCGCGACCCCGAGUCCUCCGCCAUGCUGGACUACGAGCUGCACAGUGACUUCGUGUCCUCCCUCAUCAAGAUCCCCUCCGACACCUUGGCCCUGGUCUCCCACUUCGACAUCUUCUACAUCUACGGCUUCGCCAGCGGGGGCUUCGUCUACUUCCUCACGGUGCAGCCCGAGACCCCCGAGGGGGUGGCCAUCAACUCGGCCGGAGACCUGUUCUACACCUCGCGCAUCGUGAGGCUCUGCAAGAAUGACCCCAAGUUCCACUCCUACGUGUCCCUGCCUUUCGGCUGCACGCGGGCCGGGGUGGAAUACCGCCUCCUGCAGGCGGCUUACCUCGCCAAGCCCGGGGCCUCCCUGGCCCAGGCCUUCAACAUCAGCGGCCAGGAUGACGUGCUCUUCGCCAUCUUCUCCAAAGGGCAGAAGCAGUACCACCACCCGCCCGAUGACUCCGCCCUCUGUGCCUUCCCCAUCCCUGCCAUCAACUUGCAGAUCAAGGAGCGCCUGCAGUCCUGCUACCAGGGCGAGGGCCACCUGGAGCUCAACUGGCUGCUGGGGAAGGAAGUCCAGUGCACCAAGGCGCCGGUCCCCAUCGACGACAACUUCUGUGGAUUAGACAUCAACCAGCCGCUAGGAGGUUCUACGCCGGUGGAGGGCCUGACCCUGUACACCACCAGCCGGGACCGCAUGACAUCAGUGGCCUCAUAUGUUUACAACGGCUACAGCGUGGUGUUCGUGGGGACUAAGAGUGGCAAGCUGAAGAAGAUUCGAGCUGAUGGUCCCCCCCAUGGCGGGGUUCAGUAUGAGAUGGUGUCUGUGCUCAAAGACGGGAGCCCCAUCCUCCGGGACAUGGCCUUCUCCACUGAUCAGCGCUACCUAUACGUCAUGUCAGAGAGACAGAUCACCAGGGUCCCCGUGGAAUCCUGUGAGCAGUACACGACUUGUGGGGAGUGCCUGAGCUCGGGGGACCCUCACUGUGGCUGGUGUGCCCUGCACAACAUGUGCUCCCGCAGGGACAAGUGCCAACGGGCCUGGGAACCCAAUCGAUUUGCUGCCAGCAUCAGCCAGUGCAUGAGCCUCGAGGUGCGUCCCAGCAGCAUCUCAGUGUCUGAGCACAGCCGCCAGCUCAGCCUGGUUGUGAAUGAUGCUCCAGAUCUGUCUGCGGGCAUCAAAUGUGCCUUCGGAAACCUGACAGAGGUGGAGGGACAGGUGUCCGGGACCAGAGUCAUCUGCAUCUCACCUGGGCCUAAGGAUGUUCCUGUCAUCCCAUUGGAUCAAGACUGGUUUGGGCUAGAACUGCAGCUGAGAUCCAAGGAGACAGGGAAGAUAUUUGUCAGCACCGAGUUCAAGUUCUACAACUGCAGCGCCCACCAACUGUGCCUGUCUUGUGUCAACAGCGCCUUCCGCUGCCAUUGGUGCAAGUACCGCAACCUCUGCACUCACGACCCCACCACCUGCUCCUUCCAGGAGGGCCGGAUCAAUAUUUCAGAGGACUGUCCCCAGCUGGUGCCCACGGAGGAGAUCUUGAUACCCGUCGGGGAAGUAAAACCCAUCACCCUUAAGGCUCGAAACCUGCCCCAGCCUCAGUCCGGCCAGCGAGGCUAUGAGUGUGUCCUCAACAUCCAGGGGGCCAUCCACCGGGUCCCCGCCCUGCGAUUCAACAGCUCCAGCGUCCAAUGCCAGAACAGCUCGUACCAGUACGACGGGAUGGACAUCAGCAACCUGGCCGUGGACUUUGCCGUGGUGUGGAAUGGCAAUUUCAUCAUCGACAACCCUCAGGACCUGAAAGUUCACCUCUACAAGUGCGCGGCCCAGCGGGAGAGCUGCGGCCUGUGCCUCAAGGCCGACCGGAAGUUUGAGUGCGGCUGGUGCAGCGGCGAGCGCAGGUGCACCCUCCACCAGCACUGUGCCAGCCCCUCCAGUCCCUGGCUCGACUGGUCCAGCCACAACGUUAAGUGCUCCAACCCACAGAUCACCGAGAUUUUGACAGUGUCUGGACCACCCGAAGGAGGGACUCGAGUGACCAUCCACGGCGUGAACCUGGGUCUGGACUUCUCCGAGAUCGCCCAUCACGUGCAGGUGGCUGGGGUGCCCUGCACACCCCUGCCCGGGGAGUACAUCAUCGCUGAGCAGAUCGUCUGUGAGAUGGGCCAUGCCCUCGUGGGGACCACGUCUGGGCCCGUGCGCCUGUGCAUUGGCGAGUGCAAACCAGAGUUCAUGACCAAGUCCCAUCAACAGUACACCUUUGUGAACCCUUCCGUGCUGUCCCUCAACCCCAUCCGCGGCCCAGAGUCCGGAGGCACCAUGGUGACCAUCACGGGCCGUUAUCUUGGAGCUGGGAGCAGCGUGGCUGUGUACCUGGGCAACCAGACCUGCGAGUUCUAUGGGGUUGUGGGAGAGAAGCGCUGGGCCCCUCAGCCCAGCCUGGGCCCCAUGGCAGCCUCAGCCGACUGGGGCCUCUCCUUGCCUUUGGGCCAUGAAGCAGCCCCUAGUGAAAAUGGCAGCCUUUUCGCAAUUUCACACACGGCCUUGUUUUCUGAGCAUGAAGUCCAUGUGUGCGUAUGUAAAGUUGUGAACAACACCACCCUCACCUGCCUGGCACCCUCUCUGACCACGGACUACCGGCCCGGCCUGGACAAUGUGGAACGGCCAGACGAGUUUGGCUUUGUCUUUAACAAUGUCCAGUCCUUGCUCAUUUACAAUGACACCAAGUUCAUCUACUAUCCCAACCCAACCUUCGAACUACUCAGCCCCACUGGAGUCUUGAAUCAGAAGCCAGGAUCCCCCAUCAUUCUGAAGGGCAAAAACCUCUGCCCUCCUGCCUCUGGAGGCGCCAAACUCAAUUACACGGUGCUGAUUGGAGAGACCCCGUGUGCCGUCACUGUGUCUGAGACACAGCUCCUCUGCGAGCCCCCCAACCUCACGGGGCAGCACAAGGUCAUGGUCCACGUGGGCGGGAUGGUGUUCUCUCCGGGCUCGGUGAGUGUCGUCUCAGACAGCUUGCUGACCCUGCCAGCCAUCGUCAGCAUCGCGGCGGGAGGCAGCCUCCUCCUCAUCAUCGUCAUCAUCGUCCUCAUCGCCUACAAGCGGAAAUCUCGAGAAAACGACCUCACGCUGAAGAGGCUCCAGAUGCAGAUGGACAACCUGGAGUCCCGUGUGGCCCUGGAGUGUAAGGAAGCUUUUGCUGAACUCCAGACAGACAUCAUUGAGCUGACCAGCGACCUGGACCGCUCAGGAAUCCCCUACCUGGACUAUCGUACCUAUGCCAUGCGCGUCCUGUUCCCCGGCAUCGAGGACCAUCCUGUUCUGCGGGAGCUGGAGGUGCAGGGCAAUGGGCAGCAGCAUGUGGAGAAGGCGCUGAAGCUCUUCGCCCAGCUCAUCAACAACAAGGUCUCAAAAGGGGCAUCAAAGCUUCCUGUUUUGGUCUUUGCUUGGCCACUCACCUGCUUUCAUCUCCAUGCGGACCGCGGCAACGUGGCCUCGCUCAUCAUGACCGGCCUGCAGGGCCGCCUGGAGUACGCCACCGACGUGCUCAAGCAGCUGCUCUCCGACCUCAUCGACAAGAACCUGGAGAACAAGAACCACCCCAAGCUGCUGCUCCGGAGGACAGAGUCCGUGGCUGAGAAGAUGCUGACCAACUGGUUUGCCUUCCUCCUGCACAAGUUCCUGAAGGAGUGCGCAGCCGAGCCGCUCUUCAUGCUCUACUGCGCCAUCAAGCAGCAGAUGGAGAAGGGCCCCAUCGACGCCAUCACGGGCGAGGCCCGCUACUCCCUGAGCGAGGACAAGCUCAUCCGCCAGCAGAUCGAGUACAAGACCCUGAUCCUGAACUGUGUCAACCCCGACAACGAGAACAGUCCGGAGAUCCCAGUGAAGGUGUUGAACUGUGACACCAUCACGCAGGUCAAGGAGAAGAUCCUCGAUGCCAUCUACAAGAACGUGCCCUACUCCCAGCGGCCGCGGGCCGUGGACAUGGACUUGGAGUGGCGUCAAGGCCGGAUCGCCAGGGUCGUGCUGCAAGACGAGGACAUCACCACCAAGAUCGAGGGCGACUGGAAGCGGCUCAACACCCUGAUGCAUUACCAGGUGUCCGACAGAUCGGUGGUGGCUCUGGUUCCCAAACAGACUUCCUCCUACAACAUCCCCGCCUCUGCCAGCAUCUCCCGGACGUCCAUCAGCAGAUAUGACUCCUCCUUCAGGUACACAGGCAGCCCCGACAGUCUGCGGUCCCGGGCCCCCAUGAUCACCCCAGACCUGGAGAGCGGGGUCAAGGUGUGGCACCUGGUGAAGAACCACGACCACGGAGACCAGAAGGAGGGCGACCGGGGCAGCAAGAUGGUGUCGGAGAUCUACCUGACCCGGCUGCUGGCCACCAAGGGCACCCUGCAGAAGUUCGUGGACGACCUGUUCGAGACCCUGUUCAGCACUGUGCACCGGGGCAGCGCCCUCCCCCUGGCCAUCAAGUACAUGUUUGACUUCCUGGAUGAGCAGGCGGACAGACACAGCAUCCACGACACAGAUGUGCGGCACACCUGGAAAAGCAACUGCCUCCCUCUGCGCUUCUGGGUGAACGUGAUCAAGAACCCCCAGUUCGUGUUUGACAUCCACAAAGGCAGCAUCACGGACGCCUGCCUCUCCGUGGUGGCCCAGACCUUCAUGGACUCGUGCUCCACGUCUGAGCACCGGCUGGGCAAGGACUCCCCGUCCAACAAGCUGCUGUACGCCAAGGACAUCCCCAGCUACAAGAGCUGGGUGGAGAGAUACUAUGCAGACAUCGCCAAGCUGCCCGCCAUCAGCGACCAGGACAUGAACGCCUACCUCGCCGAGCAGUCCCGCCUGCACGCUGUGGAGUUCCACAUGCUGAGUGCCCUCAAUGAGAUCUACUCCUACGUCAGCAAGUACAGCGAAGAGCUCAUCGGGGCGCUGGAGCAGGACGAGCAGGCCCGGCGCCAGCGGCUGGCCUACAAGGUGGAACAGCUCAUAAAUGCUAUGUCCAUCGAGAGCUGAGAGACGGAGCUUCCCGUUCCUGGGCAGAGGGACCCGUGAACGCUGUGACACUGGGCGUCUCGGAAGGAAGGACAAGGGAAGGGGAUCGGACCCCAGAGCUUGCUGUCCCCCGAGACCCCAUCCCGGGGAGAGGGGAGCCACGCCAGCCAAGUCUCCUCGCAGGCCGGGCGGAUCCUGCAGGGAGAGACCAUGGGCGUCGUCCACCCCAGGGCGCACAGGAGAGGAGCAGGGCCGCGGAGGAGGCGGCUCUUCAAGCCGAGAGGCGCCAGCUGGACACGGUUCCGCCUCUGUGACUGCUGCUUUGCAUGAAAACUCAUUUGAUGUAUAUUGGGGAAAUAAUGAGAACUUUAUUUAAUUUUUUUUAAGAAAAAGGAAAACCAGAAAUAAAACAAAACAAAACGCUUCCCUGUUAAUCCCGUCCAACUUUUGUUGAAUUCUGGGUUCUAUCCCCCCUCCUUCUCUUGUCCCCAGCCCUCCUUCCUUAUCUAACUCCUGUCUCCAAAUGCCAGGGAAAAAAAAACAACACACCUACAGAGAUGCUGAGAGAAAUCGGAGGGGAAAUUGCUUCUUUUCCCUUGGCAUUAAAAAAAAAAAAAAGGAGGAGGAGAAGAAUGAGCACAAGUCUGCACCAAACACUUUGCAAAACCAGAGGCCAGUAAAACCUGGAAUUAUCCCGGCAGCCGGAGAGCGUGGGAACUACAGAACUUUGUGCCCAACUGCAAAGCGUGGAGCAGCUCAGCUGGCGGAUGGGGAAUUGAGCUUUACAGACCACACACCUGUAUGUUCUCAUCUCUCGAGAGAUGUGUCUCUAGAGUACCAAUGCUUUUUGCUACUGUUUUUUUUGUUUGUUUGUUGUGUGUGUGUGUGUCUCUGUGUGUGUGUGUGUUUUAUUUAAUCCCAAACCUCAACAAAUGAGGAGCUGAUCUUUGGUACCUUUCCCUUUGGUUUCCCCAAAGUUCCCAGCGGAAGUGGGGGAGAGGGGGCCCUCUCUCAGACCAGACGACUGGCCUCCCUGAGGACAUGCGCAGCUCCGCCUUCACAUCAGUCACUGUCCUGAACCAGGCACCGUGGGGACAGGGCCUGGAGGCACAGGGCCAGGCCUCCAGGAGGUUCCUUGUGGGGGCAUGAGUGUUUGGCUUUGGAUUCCAUUCCAACCCGCUGGUGGUUUUCACAGUUAGAGAGAAAACAGGAGUCAAGCAUCCAACCAUGUUUACAGCAAGCAGUACCUGCAGAGCAUCGGUUACAGAAGCCGCGGGCUUUCCUGUUCUGCUUUGUUUGUUUCAUUCCCUUGUGCCUGGCGAGGGGAGACAACCCUUCGCUCACAUGUGGACGCUCCUGAUGGCGCACUUCCUGGGGAGAAAAGACUGUCGAUCCCCGCAUGACUUCUGCCUCUCUUGUCCUUACGAGUUGGAAGGACACGUGGGCGGUUUCUCGCUGGGCUCCUUUCCUGCUGGCACCUAAAGCCAUGAUGACCAGCUCUCCCGAGUGCAGUUUCCAAGCAGAGUGACCCACAUGCCACGCCCUGGUCCAGAGGACUCUCGGGAGCCAGUGGGAGUCACCGAGACUCUGUUGGUGACAAGACCUCGGUGACCGGGACAGCCAUCCAGGUUUCCGGGCCUCCCACGUUGGCAAGGAUCCAAGCAGACGGCUCCGACUUCUCUACAAGCAGCAGCACCGAAGUGUGGGGGAAGGAGGACAAGAGAGAGGCAGAGGGAUGGGAAGUCGGGGAGGCAGGAGCGGGCCAACCUCCACUUCCCACCUCCUUGUCAAGGGGCUGCAAUGCUGGGAAGGGACCAGCCAUCCCCAGAGAGACCAGCCCAGAGUCAUUUCCUCUGUAAUUAACUCUGGGCCCCAGCUUCUCUGUGCCCUGAUUUACCUCCAAACAAUUCCAAUUUCCAGAGGCUCUGCUGACCACACUGGAUUCCCAGGAAAGGGCUGGGGGAGGGAGGCCGGAGGGCUGGCUCCCAUCGCUGGCGUGUGGCUUUGGAUUGCUGGGCUGACCACACAGCAGACAUCGCCUGCUCCCAGCCCCGGUUUCUUGCCUGAAUGCAGCUGACAAAUGGGAAGAGAAAAGCAUUCAGCGAAAUACUCAGGAAACUUGUUUUCAUUCUAAUUCCCGACCAGCCAUGCCAAGGCCACUUUCUUCUGAUAAUCCUCUUCUGUUAAAGUUUCUCUGGGCUCUAUUAACAGCCUGAAAGAAAUACUAAUGACUGGCCUUCCGCACUAAGCCAAAGUGUUUACUCUUCACAGCACCCAAAGCUUAUCAGCUCAGAGCCCAUGAUUUAUGGAGAUGAAAAGAGAGGAGAUACGGGCAAGAGGAAUGUGAGAAGGAACUCUGUGCUACCCACACACACACACAUACACACACACACACACACACAAAAUUCGGGCUCGCCUCAUUUUACUUCUGAGUUCUGCCUGCAGGCUUUCUGAUCACACCACUGCUCUAACUGGCACCAGGACUUGGCUCCACCAAGAAGCAAAAGCAACUUAGACAUCUCCAUUGCAUCUUAACCAUCCCUUACCUCUGGGCAUCCACCUGAGCAUCUCCCAGCAGCUACUUCUGGUGGCCACUCACUGUCCCCGGGGGUGCUUCCUUGAAAGUUUUUGGAGAGGGUAGAGGAUGAUGGGGGGUGGGGGGUAGACUGAAGAAAGCAGGAGCACAGAUGCAGAGAGAAGAGCCAAAGCUGGCAAGACACUUGGCCCCGUUUCGCGGGACUCCGUGAGAGAGCUGCGGAAGUUGGGUUGGCAAGGGAAGUGGCAUCCCUGAGAAAGAAAUUAAGGGAAAGGAAACAUCGGUUGGACUCAAGCAAGUGGCUGUAGAGCCUGCCCCCGCUCUGGCGGCUCACCUAGUCCUCCUCCACCAGCUCUUGACCUUGGAUCACCAAGAACCAGUGGAGUCCACCCUGUGGAACAGGGAGGAGAGGCCGUCAGUUGACCUCCCUCCUCACUGUUACCCAGUUCGAAGACGGUGUGACCUUGAGUGAAGAAUACGCAUGAAAGGCACGGCCUCUCCCCCACAUGAAGCCAUCCACCUUGGCGGGAGGCCAGGAAGGAGGUGCCUCUGGAAAGGCAGUCCGGCUUGUGUUUUAUUGAUCUGCACAGGAGACGAUCCCCUGGAAAAGGAUCAGGACCCCGGAAAGGUGUUGGGCAACACGGAGAUGGACAAGAUGUCCAUCAUGGUGGAGCCAGUCACUCCAGCGGGCCUGCUGCUUCCCACCCUCAGCCUGGUGUCGACUGCUGCUCUGCCAUCCCCCCUCCUGCUCCCCACAGCGCACCCCUCAGGACCAUUUCCCAUCCACCACUGGCUAAGAGCACCCCUCUUUGCAGAGCUUGGUCAUUGAACUCGUGGAUCAGCUGUCAAUGGUCACUACAGGGCGGGACCUGUUUUUUUUUUCAUUCAUUUGUUCAUUCAAUCAGGGAACCUUCAGACCUGUAACUAUUCUCUAGGCAUUGGUCUGUGUGCUGAGAAACAGCAACAAACAAGACCCAGAAGGACCUUCUAGCAAGUUUACAUUCUCCAGGCUACCGGUUCUUGCCACCAACUUAGCAGGCGCAGUUCUCCUUCCUCGCCCGCAGGGGGCAGGAGUCUUCUAAGCAAGGAGGCCUGAGGAGAGAAAAAAGCCCACCUACCCAGCUGCCUUACCUUAUUCUGGGGACAUCACGUGGGCAAUAGAGCCUCCCUCGUUUCCAUUACCACUGUCUCUUGUGGCGACAGUUCCCUGCUCCUCGAGUCCCCGGACUUGCUUCAUUUCCACCAAAUGAGGACAAGAAAUGGCCCCGCUGCACAUGCAGAAGCAAGGAUGGGUGUGACAGACUGCACAUGGCCCGGGCAGAACACCUAGAGAAAGCCUGAAAGCCUCGUCCGCUAAAUCUCCAGGCGCUUCCCUAGUGCCACACCUGCCCCCGUGAACCUGCAGCCGGUAAACACUGAGCCAGCUGCUCUGGGGGAGGCCUGGCUGCAGACAGGAGGCCCAGGGGCUCUAACGGCGAGAAAACGCGAGCAGCCGCACAGCCACAGGGUCCAUGUAGGAGUGGAUCCCACAGCGAGACUCGGGGAUGGAGUUCAGGGCCUUGGGGAGCCUCAGGAGCAAGCUCUGAGAAACUGGCAGCAUCCUCCCCCUCGCUCCAACCUCCCUCCUCUCUUCCCUCCUCCUGGUUUCCCCCGGGAGUGAAGUUUUAGCUACUGGGCUACACGAUGCCACCUAGGAAAGACCAAGUUUCAAUCUGGGACUCAGGAAAGACCUGGGAGAGAUCAGCCAACUGCUGGUCACACAGCCCAGCAGCCCAGCAAGGCAACCUGAGACUCUGGCUUCCCUGGACCCCCUCAUCCGGCCUCCUCACCUGAAAGAAGCUCCGCCUACAGACCGGCCCCACCUUUUCCGCAGCUCACCCUGCCCCCUGUCCCAGCCUCAAUGAAGGUGGGAGGUCCUCUGGGCUUCAGUCCAGGCCCUGACUUGUUACCCUCCUUCCUGGCAUUGCAGGUGGAGAGCAAAAUGGAAACUAGUGCCCUCCAUCCAGAGCAGAUGUCCUCAGGUGUGUCUGGGAGGAAGGGACCAGCUCCUUGUACCACAACACUAGGGGCCUGAGCCCACCGCCCCAGCCUCUGCCCACAACCUCUCCUCCCCAAACCCACUCUUCCUGACACACUGGAAUCUGUGUGAUAGCUAUAUUUUUAAGAAAAUGCAGCGAUAGUUGUCUGGUUUUCUUGUUUUUACAGGUGUUGCGAAAUUAAAAAAAUGAAACUGGAAGAAAAUGAAGUAUUUAAGAUGUUCCAAUAAAAUAGGUUUUUUUGUUAUUCUAAUAUAUUAUUGUGUACCUAUUGUAAAUAUGAAACACUCCUAUUUUGCAAGCCAAGGACGCGAUUUGUACUGUUGUUAUAUAUAAAUAAAAUUUACUGGAUUAAAAAAUA